UACGACACUGGGAUUUCGUGCAGGAACAGGCAACAGCGUAGUUGUCGCCAUUUAUAUGUGUCUUCUCUGUUAAUGUCGGUGUAAAUUUAAUUUAUAGUCACUUCGAACCUGUAAGCGUCUGUAUAGUUAAGUUUCUUGGACGGGAACAAAUCACUUGAGGACUUGUGGUGGAGAAAGCGAAUAUCUAGGAGUGUAGAAUCUGACAGCAUCAAAUCUGUCAGACUGUCUUUAUUGAUUUAUAUUCCUGUUUUAGGCCUUUUUCCGGUAUCACCUGGCCUGAAAGCAUUGUUCGUUUUUAUUAAAUACUUCAACAUUGACUAUAUCAUCCAAGGAAACUAUUUUUCACGGGCUCUCGAGGCUACGGAACUACACUUUUAGCCUCUCUCUCUCUCUCUCUCUCUCUCUCUCUCUCUCUCUCUCUCUCUCUCUCUCUCUCUCUCACUCGCGAGUCGGCUAAAGGAAAACUGAACAGUUAUUUUUAUAUUUUGGUAAUUUUGUGGACUUUUAACACUACCCGAGAGCUAGAGUCCUAAAUCGACCCACAUCGCUUGAGUAUUUAUCGUUUCUUUCUCGCCUGAGGAUUCUCCACCUUUGUGUUGAUAUAACGAGGUAGCGACGGUUAGCUUCUUCCGGCGAGCUGGCGACACCGCUUACAUCUGGAUAAACUAAACUCUCUGCCUCCUGCCCUCGAGGUGUGAGUGAGCCAGACUUCUUUUUUUGUGGCAGUUCAGGACAAGGCUGUCAGUUUUCAGUCAGCUAUGUCGGAAGAAGGAAAACAGACUGCUGCUCCUGCCCCUGUAUCCACAAUGGAUGCAAAGUCUGAGUCUACAGCCUCACCACCUACUGGCCAGGGGGUUUCCUCAGUGUCUCCCCCAGUGUCCACUGUAACACAGCCUGCUCCACCGGCAACUGAGGAUGAGGAGGAGGAAAGCGAAGAUGAAUCGGAGAUUCUGGAAGAAAGCCCCUGUGGGCGCUGGCAAAAAAGGAGAGAAGAGGUUAACCAGCGUAAUGUACCGGGUAUCGACAAUGCUUAUCUCGCCAUGGACACAGAGGAGGGUGUGGAGGUGGUGUGGAAUGAGGUCAUGUUUUCUGAGCGGAAGAACUUCAAACUACAGGAGGAAAAAGUGAAAGCAGUAUUUGAUAACUUAAUUCAGCUGGAGCAUGUGAAUAUAGUGAAGUUUCACAAGUACUGGGCAGAUGUGAAGGAGAACAGAGCCAGGGUUAUUUUCAUCACAGAGUAUAUGUCCUCUGGGAGCCUGAAGCAGUUUCUAAAAAAGACAAAGAAGAAUCAUAAGACCAUGAAUGAAAAGGCAUGGAAACGCUGGUGCACUCAGAUAUUAUCUGCCUUAAGUUACUUGCAUUCAUGUGAACCUCCUAUCAUCCACGGGAACCUGACCUGUGACACCAUCUUCAUACAGCACAAUGGACUCAUAAAAAUUGGCUCAGUUGCUCCAGACACCAUUAAUAACCAUGUCAAAACAUGUCGGGAGGAACAGAAGAGUUUGCACUUCUUUGCUCCAGAGUAUGGAGCUGUUGCCACUGUCACUACAGCCGUGGACAUCUAUUCUUUUGGAAUGUGCGCCUUAGAGAUGGCUGUGCUGGAAAUCCAAAGUAAUGGAGAGUCAUCAUAUGUGUCACAAGAAGCCAUUAAUAGUGCCAUCCAAUCUCUGGAGGACCCACUUCAGAGAGAGUUUAUUCAGAAGUGUCUGGAGGUAGACCCCAGUAAGAGGCCCACAGCCAGAGAGCUCCUUUUCCACCAAGCUCUGUUUGAAGUGCCUCUUUUAAAACUCCUGGCUGCACACUGCAUCGUCAGUCACCAGCACAUGAUCCCUGAAAAUGCUUUAGAGGAAAUGACCAAGAACAUGGACCCUAACCAGGUGAUCAUGGAAAGAAAAGAGGUCCAGCUAAAACUCUCACAGUUUCCGGCAUUGGAGCUUGACAAAUUUCUUGAAGAUGUGAGGAAUGGAAUCUAUCCACUGACUGCCUUUGGCAUGGCCUGCCCACAGCAGCCUCAGCAAGAGACUGUCAAGUCCCCCAUCGUGCCACCCUCAGUCAAGACGCCCACGCCCGAGCCUGCAGAACUGGAGACUAGGAAGGUUGUACAAAUGCAGUGCAAUAUCGAGCCUGUGGAGGAAGGAGCAAAGCAUCAUCUGACCUUACUGCUAAAACUGGAAGAUAAGCUGAACCGACAUUUGAGUUGUGAUUUGGCACCAAAUGAGAAUGUACAGGAGUUGGCCGUUGAACUGGUUCAGCUUGGCUUCAUUAGCGAGGGGGAUCAACCACGUCUCACGACCGUGCUGGAAGAGGCCUUCUCAAAAUUCUACAGCCGUAACGGUUCUUUAAAUCCUGUCACAGUUUCCUCGUAGCAGAGGGCGAAAUCUGCCAGCUCCUCUCCACCUACUUUAUCUUCAUGCACGGGAUGGGACACUAGUGCCAGCUUUGUGGGGAUGGAUCAAACGCCUUGAACUGAGCCUCAAUGAGAAAAUGACCCCUGCACUCUGUUCUUCUCACCACUUUAGGUGGUGGAAAGUGUUGGCUGAUGGUUCCCGUGUACAUUUAUUCUAUCUGUGUAGCCAUCUGCUUCUCUGUUUUAAAAGAAGGAAAAAAAUACUUUGUUAUUAUUUAAGUCAGUAUUACAAGUGGGUGUUUUUUUUUUAACAUUUUUGCUUACUGUAUGUGUGGGAUCGGUUUCUUAUAGUUUGCACUUUAGCAAAUUGUUUUUGUUGUAUCUGUAGGCAUAUCAUGUGCAUAUUGCAUAUAUCAGUUUUCAUUUGGUUUCUGGUUCUGCCUUAAACAUUCUUUGUCAGAGGAACGGUUUACCAUUAUUAUUUUCAAACUACCAAAUAGCAUAGUCUUAUCGAUUUCAUUGACUUUUAUCUACAAUGCAAGAUCUACGAAGACUGUGAAAGGAAAAGGGUUCUCAGAACACUGAAAAAAGCAAGCAGAUGAUUUAUCUAAAUGCUAUGUUCUAUCUACUGUGGUGGCUGUUUUUUUUUUUUUCUUCUGUGAAUGUAUGCUGUAAGUUUUCAUUUGAAUGUUUUCUAAGAGAAGGCGACUUGAUUUGUCGUCUUUCCCUGUAUGUGACACAGUUAUGAGUUUCAGUAUAAAGAUAUUCUACAUCUACAAUGCACCAAACGUGUUAUGUGCCUUUAACAAAGACACACUCAAUUCAUGUUCAAAAGACCCAUAGAUACGAAAAACAAAUUGUAUUAGUCUUUUUCAUUGUGCCGAUCCUGUAGUGUUUUUUCAGAUCCAGCUCUGAACUGGUUUGCAUGCUAAUAUACUGUUAUUAUUUUAUUGCACCUUUGCAGUUAUUAAAUCUACUGGGGGUUCUGUUGGUGUGUUUUUAGAUUGCUAGAAAUGUCUAUUUGCGCCAAAUCAGACUUAAUUUAAUGUUGUCAGCAAUAAAUUUCAUAUUCACCUUAAUGGCACGUCAGCAUCAGUUACAAGCAGCUAAUUUGAAAGUGAUGCAAGCAGCGUGGCAAUGAAAAAAAGUCUAUAAAUUGUGAAGCUUGUUUCUUCCAGUUGUACUAUCCAAGAUGCUAAAUGCUUCAAAACGUUGGGCAAUGGAAUAUAGAUGAUACUUGGAAUACUCAAAAACACACCACAUCAAUGCAUUUUUGUUGUUAAUGCAAACCGGCAAAGACAAAUUAUAACAAGUUUAAAAUGGACAAGUAUGAGUCUUUUUCUGUGGCUGUUUUGAAAGAAACAGGUUUUUGUUAAUCCCUCCCAGUUAGUUAAUGUUUCGUGGGAGGAUACUUUAAUGGCCAGAGCAGUCAGCUCAUCUUUGUGUGUCUAGUUUGUCUCAUGCAGAACAUUGAGAAACUCAUUACUGCUUUUACAAAUCUUAUCUUUUCAAAAUUGCACCAUUUAAUGAUAUAAAGAUAAGAUGGAGUCCUUCCAAUCUGUGUCAUGUCAUUUGGGGAUUUUAUUUUUGCUCCUAUCGGGAGUACAAUAUUAACCCUUUACGCUUAGUUGGGCUAUUGGCCUGCUGAGAAUUAAUUGUCAAAAUAUGAAUAAUGUAGGCAUUAUGAUCAAAACUGAGCUUUAAAAUUUGCAAACAAAUCAGAAGUGUUCUGUUUUGGUAAUUUAAGAAUAAUUAUGUAUUGCACAUAUUGUAAUUGGUAAAAAUAUCAAACUGAUCAAAUAGCCCCGUGUCAAAGCUCUCAAAGAGCAGAAUACAACCAGCCUAUUUUUUUUUCAGACAAAAAUAUAGCGGGUAAAAUAUAUGUCUUUGACGUACAUGUUACAUGUAAACAGGUGUUGCUUACAUGCUGUGUUUUCGCUUAUAACUUAACAAAAAAUAAACAGAAUAUUAAAUAUCAUAUGCCAUUACUGAUGCAUAGAACAUUAAAUAAUCCACAUGAAGCGCAAUGUGCACAGAGCACAUAAUGUGCUAUCUGGCUAAAUACACGUUAGUUUUCGGAAAUUAUGUAGUACAAUGUCCAGCGUCAUGGAAUACUAAACCAGUCGUAUUAGGAUUCAGAUCACUGCCAUCAGAGGUGGAAGUCAUCCAAAUAUGGGCAGAGAGGUUUGUUCAUUCUAAUUACAUACGACCACCAGGAGAUGCCGCCAAGUACAUGAUACAGACUCAAUGAUGGCUCACAUGACACAAUGUGAUAUUUUUACUCAUGCUUGGGAGAGAGAGCAUACCUUUAGUAAUCUUUGUAUUUGCAUGUGUAAUUAGUCAUUGUGGACAAUUAUUAUGUUUUAUUUGUCUGGAGAGGAUUUUGGACACUUGGAUAAAUAAUAUUUGCAAUGUUAUAACUUUUGAUUACUUUGUCAUAUCAACAAAAUUUUUUACUCAAAGGUGACAUGAUUGGGAACAAAGAAAGCUGUUGUUUCAGAGUCACCUUACUUACACCCUGAGAUAUAUAAUGCCAAAUCAGAAAAAUAAGAAAAAACAUUUUUUUCAGUGAUUUUCAGCAGUUUCUUAGGCUGAGAGUCUGAGAAUUUAUCAUAAUCUAUUUCAUUAUAAAAUGUGAAAAGUGUUCUUUAAAAUUAUACCAUACACUGAAGCACUAAACUGGAAAUCUUUAAAAACACCCUCAUAGCUUAAAGGGUUAAAGAACAUUCACCCAAAAUGGAAUUUCUGUAAUUUACUCACUCUCAUGUUGUUCCAAACCAAUAUU